UGUUGUCGUCAUGGCUAUGAUCGGAUUUCAGGAUGUGGAUGACCGACAGAGUAGAGCUGCUUUGAUUUUGGUAGGUGUAAACCCUUCUUAUUGAUUUUUCAAGGUACUUCGUGUGAAUGUGAUUCUAAAUAUGUUCAGAAAGAUUUUGUUUGUUUGAGAGGAGUUCAAAAAUUGAAUCUGAAUGACUCGUGAGCCAAGAAUAUUUCUUCAUUCUCGAAAAAACGAAUUUCUCCUCCUCGCUUAGCCGCUUCCUUCGUUCCAGCAAAGAGCUGAAGUUUUAGCUUCCCACCUCCGCGGUUAUCGUGUGGGAUGGGUGGUGCACGAAACGGGUCUGUCAGUCCCGCAAGUAGGCGACGCUGCUCUCGGUCGCAUCCUAAGAAAAACGACAAGGGAGGUUCGGAAAUUAAGGGUACUACAGGCUUUACUAGGUGUUCGUGUUGCCGUUGAUUUUGCCUUUCUUGUUCAGGGAGAUGGGCAAAACACAGUAACGGACUACGGGAACCUUAAAAUCUUCCUGCCGCUAAUGAUAUAAUGAAGGAUGGCGCUACUUUUGAUCAUAAACGAGGAUCUGCUAAAAGGCGUUCCGACGAAGUAGAAGUCCUACCACCGGUGAAAGAAAACAAUCCUUUCUCGGCUGGUAAUACAAAAGAAACAACUUCUGGUGGUAAAAGCUCUGAUGAUGACGAUGCGGACAACGCAAAAAGAGACCAGCAACGCAAAUCAAACGAAUCGAUUCCGGAUACCAAAAAGGACUUAUGAUAAAUGUUUUGCAUUUGUUUCGGUUUCAGUUUCGAGCGGUUCCCUUUGGGGUACCUUUCAUUCAUUCCGCUAGCUUAGAAGAUUAGAGGGAAACUAACGGGAGACUAUUUUCUUCAAGAGGGAUGUUAGACCAAAAUUCUGAAUCAGGAUGAGAAUCAAUUGAUGAGGAUUACAAUCAAUUGUCUUGAAGGAAAUCAUGUGUAGAUAGAGCGCGUUCACUUUCUUCGCUAAAGACUUCGACAAAAGGAUCAAAGACGCAGAGCAGCAAGGGAGUGGCACUGGGUCAUCGUGCAGCCGCACCCUCGGGAGGGGCUCGCAAGAUUCCCAGGGGCCGUAAGAAAUCCUCGGAGUCUUCAGUCGAUGAUAGUGAUUCGGAGCAGGAAUCAGGGAAAUCUCGCGACAACAAGGCAAAGAAGCGACGAUCGGACUCCGACAAGAAGCCUCGUUAUGCUGAGAACUAGCAAAUAGUGUCAACCUGUUGUUCACCCCUUCUUAGACGGUCAUCAGUCUACUCUACCAGGGACACUAGUAGAUUUAAGCGAUGAAGGUCAAGAUCAAGGAGCAAUUAUUCUUGAGGGGACCCGUGUAAUUAAUUAGACUUCAUCGUCGUCGUGUUGCUACUUGCUCUUCUUGAUGAGACCCGCGUAAUUUUUGAGGUAGUUCAUCGUCCUUUAUUACUACUACAUAUUAGAUAUUAGUCUUUCUAAGACCUUCAUAGCAAUAGCUGUAUCUUCUAAGAUCUUCAAGCGAAAAAAAGAGCAGCAGACAGUGAGGAACGCGGGAUUAAGUCAAGAUCGAGAGACGGAUCUGGAAAGCGUCGCAGCCGAUCUCCCGAUGAUGAUCCUGACGACGACGCAAGCAUCGUUGACGCAGGGAAGAAACGCAAGAAGCGUAAUAAAGGAUCGCGUAAACGCUCAGCAGAACCCGCUAAGCUUAAGAUUUUCAAUACUUAUACAUAGAUACCAUAGAUACAUCAUAGUUAGACAUAGACGAGUUGUAACAAGUGGCCACCUAUCAGUUCUUUAAGUUUUGCUUUACAUUGUACAAUGAUUCGUAGAGUAACAUACAAGUCUCAUCUUCAUCAGUGUAUGCUGACCACUUAUGUAGGCCAGAAGAUCUUUUGCUUUUAAUAUCAUUCGUUGCUCUUGUAUGCUGUGAUGCAUAUCAAUCAUGAUAUUCGCAUUCAUCUAAGGAACGCGCGAAGGAGACCACGAGUGCUCGCGAUAAGGAGAAGCGAGGUGAUGGGAAAAAGGAAAAGAAAUCCUCUAAGCCGUCGAACGAUGAGAAGCGAGCAAAAAAACGUAAACAAAGUGUUUCUGACAGUGAAGAGGAACAAGUGUUAAGGAUAGAUUUUUGGUGUUUCUAUUGGUGGUAGUAGUGCUGGAAGCUAACGCCAAGAGUGUAAGUAGUUGCCGUUAUUUAGUGUGGAGGCUGUGGGCACGAUGUCAGCUUCUCUUUUGAGGCAAUGACUUCGUUGAGGCAUCAAGCGGGAUGCGUAGGAUAGUACAGAAUUCUGGGCCUCCCAGUAUUCUUUUGGUUCGUCUCGCAUAUACGAGGGGAGCCGCCAAUUUGAGAGCGGUUUUCUCUUUCAGAAGCUGUGUCCUCAUAUUGUUUUGCCAAAUGACUCCUCUUGUGAGGCUUAUCACAUCGAUUCAUCCCGCCGGUAGGUGCUGCAAACUUAUUAGGGAUGCACAGAAUAGAAUAGAAUAGGGCACGCCAAUCAAGGUUUAGUUCUUUCGUUGGUUCUUAUUGGGGGCGUGGUUUUUUUGCUUCCUGAAAAGGGGGAAAAAAAGGCGUAGCUAACAGGCGAAGCUAAAAACACCAAGAAGCUACAUCUAAAGAUGGCCAAAAAGCGCGAUGACAGGAACAUGAACAACAGGCGAAAAAGCGAACAAGAGAAAAAGGAGAAGCGAAGUCGGUCCUCAUCCGAUGAGAAUGGGCGUCCUAGCAAGAAGAAGCAAGAAAGAAAUAAGUCUUCACGUGCAGCAGCCAAAUCCGACACCGAUUCGUCGAGUGACCGUGAAGAAGCUCGAUCGAAGAGGACAAAGAAAAACGAGAAAACAUCAGAAAACAAGAAGGAUGACAUUAAGAGUUCCCACAUUUUUACAUCCUGGAGUCGCAAAAACAUCCUUGAUCUUGUUUUUUUCAGGGAAUAGAUAUUGAUAAAAUACAACAAGGGGCCCCCAAGAACAACUACAAUGUGCUGAAGAAUGUAAAAAUUUGUUGGGACAACCUUUAAUGCUGGACAAGAAAAUGCGGAUACUCGAGAAAAGAACAAGGAUAACGACAAGCGAGAUGAUACGAUGAAAAAAGAUCGUCGCAGGAAAUCGCGUAGCGGAUCGCGUCAAGGGUCGCGUCGACGUAGCGAUAGCGUUCGCAGCGAGAAGAGAAGGAGCAGGCGUCGGGAGGCAGAAAAAAGACGCUCUCCAGCGAAAGACAAGGAUGGGUCAAAGGAACGCUCAUCACUACCACGAGGUACUUCUACACUUUUUUGAAAGCACAUAGAGAAACAUAACCGUGUAGAUUUCCCUCACGUCUAUUCCUAGAUUACAGUCCCUCAAAGGGACCUUGUUGUCAACCUCCAGCACCAUUAAUCGCUCUAUUAAUCGCUACAGAAAAAUUCGGACGUUGGGGUCCCAACGGAGGGUAUGACGAGAGACAAGAUACGGGGAAACGCUUUGAAGGGGCGUUGAAUCCGAAUUAUAACCGAGAUCUAGCAGAAGAAAUGAGUAACUGGCUUGAUACCGAUUUCUUAAGGCUUCUACCGUUGAACCAUGAUGUCCCUAUCAACACCAUAGUCUCAGUCUUUGGAUCUUCUUUUUCUAUAGUCGAAAAUGCAGCCCUGCCAAGGAUACUAUUACUCUCAAGGAGGAACAAAAUGCGAACGCGGUAGCUUUAAUAAACUUCUAGGGCGCCAUGAACGCCAUGAACGCUCCUUACUCAAUGAUGAAAACUUCUCGAUCUCUCGUCAGACUAAUUUGGUCUCAUUUCUGUUACUGUUGCUAUUCCCUAAUUCUUCAUACUUCUCAAGUCGGUUUCUCUAAACUUCUACGGCGAAGUCAUCGAUUUCGGUGGAUUCAUGGGGCGAGUGGGAAAUCUACACUUAUGAAACAUAGAAUUAUCACAUAAGCUGUUAAUACUUGGAGUUAGAAGCUUUACUAAUGCAAAUCACCUUGACUUUCACACGAAAAAUCACUCAGUUUCAGUGUACUUACAAUCAAUCAAAGGUGAGUUUUUGCUAGCUCACACCGGGAGAACAUGACAUAGCGACCGUGAAUUUUACUAUCAGUCUUUCAGUGUUGUAUAUUAAAACAAUUCAUAUGGUGGAACAAACGCGACAUGGUGGCUCACUUCCAUUUCAUAACGUAACAUACUAACGUUUCAGUAACAAGAUGAUAUAGCGUGACAUGAUAAACUACCAUUUUGGUUCAUUGUCUUCUGCGGAUCCGAGUAAAGGGGAAGAGAUCACCAAAGCCCUGAAAGUCGACCCAGAGCGGCCGUUGAACGCCCAUUCCGUUUUUUUUGCUCUUUUAAGGCCACAAUCCAUUCUUUCCAACAAGUGAGUCCAACUGAUAAUGAAGAUAGAUAAAACGAUGAUGAGGUCUCAUCAUGUUGACAGUGAUACAUACAUGGAGCUGGAAGAUCGAUCUUCGUAGUAGACGAUCGAUGCUACAUUAUAAUCAUCCUGUCGAACAAUCCUUGCCUCUAGCGUAAUCAUCCUGGUGAUCAUGGCUACUUCGUAUGGUCGUCUGUGAUAGUAGGGAUUAUGGUCUGUCAUUUUAUAGAAUUUUUGUUUGAAAAACUCUGACGUAAUCAACAAUAAAACUAAGCCAUGGUCUGUCAUUUUAUAGAGAUAAAACUAAUGGUUGUCAUUUUAUAGAGAUCGAUGCGACGAUGAUGAAAGAGGGUCUUCUUCUAAUGUUUCCUCAAGUGAAGGGCAUCCCGAUUCGCAAACUGGAUCUCGGACUUCGUGUACACUUCACCAUUACGCACGGAAAUGGUUCGAGAGGAUCCUUUCCACAAGCGGCGGCUAUCACUGAGCAGGAGAAGCGGAAGCAUCCAAAUGUAUGAAUGUGGAAAUCUAGUAGACUUUUUACUGCUGGUGAUGUUCUAUGUGCGAAGCAACUCAGUCCUGGUGUACAACAACGUGUGAUUUAAUAGAUAGGCGUAGAAUUAUGGCAUAUCAUCUUUUUCACUUGUUCUCGGCACUUUUCUGUCGAGAAGAGCACCAAGUAAAUUCAGUGCUGAAGUUGAUACAACACGUACUGGAGUACCAGCUUAUGCUGCAUUUACUUUAAUUUUAUCUAGAGUCGCACGCUCCUUUGAAAUAAAGAGAUUGAGCAGCAAUGCCAAUGUACCACGAUAGCGAGUAGGGAAGUCUAAUGUGAGCUACGGUUACGGAAUCGCAGGCGACUGGCGCUGGUGGCGGUGGCGAUGGUGACGGCGAAGUAGUGGCAGAAAAGAAAAAGGAGAUGUUCCUCGGAGAAUUCAUAAAGGUAUUACUUGUCCUGUCGUGGACGGGUUUUAUGUGAGCUGAAUUGCCGAACCCGAACCGCGAACAUGAAUGAAUGAAUGAAUGAAUGAAGUCACUCAGUACUAAUAAAGUCAAACUCAGUGAUAGAUGACUUUCUUCUAGCUUUAUCAGGAUUUUGUUCCUUUCGCAUAUCAAAAACAACUUACACAACAUCAAAAACAACUUAGAUACAACCUAUACAUAGAUACAACCUUCACAACCCCCAAGCAAUGCAUAAUACUAAUAUACACCGGUUCGUUUUUACCUCUAGCGUGUAACCCUUCCAACAAUACUAAUAUACAAUCAAUGUCCUUUACAAAACCUAUGCAACCUUUACAAAACUUGUACAGGAAUUCGGCGGAAGUCAUUACGCACCACCACAAGAGUGGCUGGAUGCUGAGGUAGGGGAGCCUGAAAUCCGCAAUGUUUACAUGGGCCGUUUCGAUAAUGAUGGAAAUCGUGUGCCUGCGGAAGAGGAAAACAAGUAUUUAUUUAAUCUUUUGAUGUUGAUGUUUGGUGAUGGUGUCGUGUGUGUGUGUGUGUGUGUGUGAGGAACUACGAUCAUUUGGAUGUGAACAACCAAUUAACAAAAAAUUCUUCCGUCAUAUACUUUCAGCUCAAAGCACAAGCAGACGUCAUUCCCUUGAUGAUGAAAUUUCGAACCUCUUCUUUUCUAGAUCAAGUUGACUUCACUUUUUCCUAAAAGGUACUACUUCUCCCAAUAGGUACUCUCCCUACUCGGGACACAACGAUAUCCACCAUUUUAUUAUUCAAAUGUUUCCUGGACCCUCCGCUUAUUCGGCUUAUUGUUUUUUACGCUCGUCCGAUAUUUUUGAUAUGAAGAUUUUUCCUGGGACCUACCAGUACCUCCGCAUAUUCAGUCAUCUGGUGUGACAGACUGAUUGUUCAAUUUUUUUUUACGUUGCUUCAGGGAUAUCAGUUACGCAACAUGCAAAGAAAUCUUUGGUCGCGCAGCUGCAGAAAAAUGGAAGCACAGUCUGUCCGAUAAGGAUCCGCCACCUCCGAAGGCCCCAGAGAGAAACAAAGGUGCUCUCCAAUCUUUUUGUCUCUCGAUCAUAGAAUGCAACUACAUCAUGAGUUUGAGGAUCUACAAAUAUCAUAAUGAUCGUAAACUAGAACAAGUGCUGUAGUGCAGUCCUCCCUAGCUGUCACGAAAAUGAUAUCCGACUCCAAUAACACUGGCCAUUUGAACUCAAUUUUUGUUUGUAGCUAGAGCUCCUCUUCUGUAGUCACCUUCGUCCCUCUCCUUAGUACGCCGACGCACAUAGCGUUCUGGUAGGUUCGUAGGCAAUUAGUGCGCAGUAAUAUUUAAGGAGGUAAUCGGACUCCACCUGCCACCGGUUUGCGAACUGGAUAAAACUAGGAUCACUCCUUCGGCGGUCUUGGGAUGCAACAAAAAAAAGUUCCGGCGGUCUUGGAAUACAAAAAAAAAAUUCCGGCCGAAGCGAGGCCCCCUGAAAUCUGAAAUCUGCUUCCCAGUCAUCAUCUACCAUUCAAGCUGAAACAGAAACACCAAUUACUUUGACAUCAUUCAUCUCAGGUAGAGGCAAGGGUUACGGUUCGUGGCACUAUAAUGAUAGCUGGUACGGUGGACGCGGUAGAGGACGACGUGGAGACUCCAGAAGACGCGGUAGAUUAAGGCUUAAUCAUGCAAUUUCUAUCUCUUUCUUUGAUUAGAUUGGAAGGACGUGCUUCUGCACUGCCCUCUCUGCUUCAAAGCUUAUUUCUAUUAGCCAUCUGCCCGCGUUUCUUCCUUAGGAUAAUUGGGAGAAACGCAGGGAAGAAAUGAAUUGCUUUGAGCUCUAAGCAGAGGACGAGACAGCCGGGGGCGCAGUGGCCGCGACGGACGUGGCACGAAUCGACCUCUUCGUCCUAACCCACGAGAUCGCGAUGGACCCCACAACCCUACGAGUAAGCUUCCUUAUCCUUAGCAUAAUUUUUGGAGGAGAAUCAGAUCUAUGAUAACUAGUUAACCAAUCUUCUAUGGUGACACUUGAAAUAUACGAUACUUUCCUCAGAAUUUCAAGGCGCGGCGCGAUAUCAGGCUAAGGAGAGCGAUGGUGAGGAUAGGCGACCGCGAUCUCGACGUCGCAUGAGCAGAAGUAUAAUUCAAAUUUUUUUGUUCUACUUCUUGUUUUGCGGAUGAAAUAACAGAGACUAAAUACAGAUCAAGCAUUUGCUUUCUGAGACCAUCCAUGUAUUAUGAUAUCAAAGACAAAGACCAUGAGAGAUCAUGCGUACUAUAACAGCAUGAUAUAAUGAUUAUCAAUGACCACUCCACAUGCACAUGUGAAGGAUCCAUAACCUAACCUAACCUAACCUAACCUAACCUAACCUUCACAGGCCGUUCGCGUCGGUCCUCGUCUCCUUCUAGACGACGAAAUAAGCGCAACAGCAAGCGAUCCCGCUCCCGGUCUUCCCGGUCCUCGAAAUCCUCCCAUUCCUCACGCUCCUCGUCACCUUCGCAUGGCGCAAAAAAAGAGGCUCCAGCUCGAAAGAAAAUUUUCAUGGACAAAAAGUACUGGUUAACGCAAUACAAAUGAAUCAUCAAUGCUAACUCAUCAUGAUUUACAAAGAAAUCAAUGCUAACUCAUGAAGAUGAUGAUAGAUUUCCAGUAGCGUUUGCUUGCAACCAUGAACUUUAGCGCGACUUCUUUUGUGUCUAUUCGAAUAAAGAUGUUCGUUCUACUAGCAACCUUGUUUGUACUAAAUUCCUUACAAUCUGCUUACACAGCGAACUCGAAGCGAAGGAAGAAGGGCAAUCCUUGUAA